AUGGAGAUCUUCAUUGGCCGAAUCCCUCCAAGUUUAGGCAUCAGGGAGAUCAAUGAGAUUUUUGCACCAUAUGGGGCAACCAACGUGCGGAUGUUGGACGGCAAGGGCUGCGCCUUUGCGAACUUCGAGUCGACCUUUGACGGGGAGCGAGCGAUUGCUGAGCUCAACGGACAUUCCGUAGGUGGUGGUCAACUCAAUGUGAAGCGGGCCAGCAACAAAUCGAGCGGGGGACCUCCUCCCAGUCUACCACCACCGACGCCACCAGCACCACGCCGGGAGAAUGGAGUCGGAUCAUUUGGAUCACCGUCCGUCGCUGCUCCCGCCAGCACGCCACAGCCACAGCUCUUCAUCGGAAGACUGCCACCGAACACCUCCCUGCAUGAGAUUGAGAAUGCGGUGUUACCCUAUGGGGCAAUGAAUGUCAAGCUGCUGGAAGGCAAGAACUGCGCAUUCGCGUUCUUCGAGUCUUGGGCCCAAGCCGAGCACUGCAUCGCCGAGCUCAACGGUGCACCGCUCCGGGAGGGCACGGAGGGCCUCAACGUGAAGCUCGCGGAUCUGAAGGGUGCCCCAAAGGGCGCGCAGCAGGAACCCAAGGUCUUCAUUGGAGGGAUUGCUCCGACAGUGGGGCAGGUCGAGGUGCAGCAAGCCUGUGAGCAGUUUGGCACAGUUGUGGACUGCAAGAUCUUCAAGAAGAACGAUAGGUCCAUGCCUUGUGCCUUCGUGACCUUUGGCAGCUUCACCGAGGCGGAGCGCUGCAUCCAGGACCUCCACGAGAGCCUCAACCCCCUGGCGGCUGAGGGGAAGGCGCUCGUGGCGAAGAUGGCGGACAUGGCGAAGAGCCAGCGGACUCCACCAGUCCCGCCCCUACCAACCCGUGAGCGCUUCGAUCGCGUGGAACCACCCCGCACCUUCUUCAAUCCAGCACCGAUACCGGUCCUGCCUUACCCACCGGUCCCGAGUUUCGAGGGGAGGAAAGGAGGCUAUGGAGGUCAACCGAUGCACGUGCCCGCACCGCACCCCAUGCACCCAGUGCACCCAGCACCUGGACCGCAGGGAGGGGGAGGACUGAACGAUAUGCCUCCAGCGGGUGGAGGAAUGGAGGAUGAGAAGCUCUUCAUUGGUGGUUUGCCAGCCAGUGUCUCUGAUGAGUUCCUUUGGGGCAUGAUGGCGCCAUACGGCCGAGUGGCCGAGGUCAAGAUCUUGCGGAAGUCUGGAGCAGCACCUUGCGGCUUCGUCUCCUUUGCAAGUAUGGGGGAAGCGGAGAUUGCUUUGAAAGCUCUAGCCAACUGCCGCUUUAUCGUCAAGUAUGCAGAUUCCAAAGGGACCAAGCGGCCCGCAAGCGUAGCCUUUGAAGACGCUUUUGAGCGUCGGGUGCGGUGA